ACUAGCUAGGAUAUAUAUGUCCUCUGAUCAAAUGUUAAUGGAAAUUCCAUCUGGGGCACGAUAUCGCUUUAGACUGAUAUGAUAUUUCAACAGUGAAAAACGUGUGUGCGAUAAGAUGAAAACAUUCGCGCGGGAUAUUCGGUCGGCGGGAGAGUGAUUAGCAGUGUUAAAAGUAAACUGAAAAAACAGGAAUCAUAAUGCAUCCCCACUGUGUGGAAUUCCCUCCAUUUUGUGCGAUCAUGACAACAAGAGGAAGCGGGAGAGGCACAUCAAUGAAAACCUCAUGGAAAAAUUAGACAGUGUACGGGAAUGGUUAUACUGAUUGGCACAGGAGUUUGUGCGUGCUGCAGACAGAAGUUGACAAUGUCGUUUAAACAACAUGAGGUCAGUCAAAAGGAUGAGGCGACCGAAACAGAAGAUGACUUGUCCUGUAUGAAACCUACAGAGAAUGAAAAGUGUAUUCAUGAGGAAACGCAGGGGAUUAUUAAAAGGAUAAAAGAUUGUGAAAGGCAUUCCCAAGAACAAUCAUAUGAAUUAUCAGGCAGCAUUUCCUCAAGUCAGACAGUUUUUGACAGCCAGCAGUCACAGUCUUCUGUUUGCAACCAGGUUAGAUUAAAUAUGUUUAAUCAAAUUUUGCUCUCCUUUAACAAAAUCCUGUGAAACAAAUCCAGACAUCAUUGACCACAUGCAGUGAACGCACACAGAGACGAUACACAUCAAAGUUAGAGAUUGUGUGAGAGUCCUCUGCAAAACUUUUUGUCCUGGAGAAGGAAAUGUUCUUCAUAAUAUGUUUAUGACAACCAUAGGGAAGAAUAUGCAGUCCAGUACAGAGAAUACUGCUGUUUUGCUAGCUGAUAUAUACAAGUCAGCAGAGACCUGGACUUUUAAAAGGCAAAUUCUUUCCAUACUUGCUGAGGACUACAAUUUUGAUGCUCUCAGCCAGGAACAUGUAUAUCUUUUUAACAUAAGAUUAGAUUUCUUACAUUUAAUGUACGAUUUUAAUCAAAAUGUAUAAAUUUUAUGAAAUAAUGAUAGUUAUGGCACUGUAAAUGCUUCAGCUAUAAUUACAAAUAUUUUAUAAAUUUCAAAUGAUGAAUGUUUAAUGAGGUUGUUUGAUUAAUACUUAGGGUCUUACUUACCUCAAUAAGUACACAUUUCAUCACUUACCUCAAUAAGUACACAUUUCAUCGAACCGUUUUAUAAAAGGCGUUUGAAAGUUGGUUCAUUGCUCAAGUUUGGAAAAUAUCAUCUGCAACAAUAUGCAAACCUAAUGGCAUAGUCUUGUCCAAUAAAAUGAAAGUUUUCGAUCUUUGAUAUCGUCAUCUCUUGCAACAGCUCUAAGAAAACCGCUCACGCGCCGCGAAACUAUAACGUAGAGCAUUUGUCUGACCUUUGUUAUUUUAUUGCAGCAAGUUCAUUGAGGUAUCAGUUUGUCUGAACUCUGUGAACUUAAAUUCAGCAAAGAAUGUC